AUGCAAAGUUUAAACAUGGACAGCUUCCAAGAUAAAUGUGAAAAUUCUCUGUUAGAUCUAAGCUUCGAAAAUAUUGGUUCCGCUCUUGCCACAGACAGUGCGGUAGAUAAUAAAUUCGGAAAGGAAGAAAAUAGUGCAGAUUUACUGUUCUCCUGUACUCCAGAACCAGAGCCAAAGUCAAAAGAUGGUGAUGUUUUUGAUGAGUGCAUGCCCAUGACUCACAGCACUUACCGAAAUGAACCGUUGAUUGAUAAGGACGAACCGUUUUCGAUAGUGGAGCCAGCUUCUGCACCAUCCGCAAACUCGACCAUCGAGUUGAUCAAUGCAGAGAUAAAGGAUGAAGUUGAAAGUGACUACAUGAAUCCCUACGCAAAUGUACGGUCACAGAAAGAGGAAAAAUCCCUCAUCUUCGACGAGUCAGCUGCUGCACCUUUUUCUGAUGUCCAACCGUUGGAACCGCUCCAACCGGAGCCCGAAAAAAACGUUACUGCUUCUCCAGCAUGCGAUGUGUCACGCACAACCGACAAAGUAGUAGCUGCCAAAGUUGAAGCCGAAGCAUCCAAUGAAUGCAUAAAGAUUGAACAAAUGUUUAAGGACUAUGGAUUGGAUACUUGGUUUAAUCCAGCAAGACUACACCCCAAAGUGGAAUCUCUCAUUUACUGGCGUGAUAUAAAGAAGUCGGCAGUGGUAUUCGGUGGCGGACUUGCCAUUCUGCUGGCCAUGUCUCUCUUCUCGCUGAUCAGUGUAUUUUCAUACCUAUCGUUGCUGCUCUUGUUCGGAACGAUUUCUUUUCGGAUUUAUAAGAACGUUCUGCAAGCCGUGCAGAAAACUGCCGAGGGCCACCCAUUCAAGGAUUACUUGGAAAUGGAUCUUACUCUGUCGCAGGAGAAGGUCCAGCAGCUGGCUACAUUUGCAGUGGCUCACGUGAAUGCAUUACUGACCGGAUUGAGACGCCUGUUUCUGGUAGAGGAUCUUGUCGAUUCGAUCAAGUUUGGUGUACUGCUGUACUGGUUGACAUACGUUGGAGCGAUCUUCAAUGGUAUCACAUGCGUCAUGAUUGGAUUUGUCGCUUUGUUCACCUUGCCAAAAGUAUAUGAAAACAACAAACAGUCGAUUGACACCCACAUAGAGAUAGUGCGAAGCAAAAUUCAAGAAAUCACAGAAAAGGUAAAAGCUGCUGUACCGCUGGGCAAGAAGACGGAAACAGAGAAAACCAAGUAA